UACGGUUCCCAGGGGAGUGGGUGUUCCGCUGCGUGCGGGCCGGGCCGGGAGCUUGCCGGGCCUGGUGAACAGCCGCCCAGAUGUUGUUCACUUGAAGUCCAGCUGUUCCGGGGGCCCAGCCGCGCCCGGUAUUCACAGGCGAUCUGCUCGGCUCGGGGACGCGCCGCUGUGGGGGUAGAGGGGGGGACCUGGCUGAAUCCUGGAGCAGAGGGAACAUCCCCCAGCCCAAGCCCGGCACCCGCGCUAGCAAAGUGUAAGGAGACCCGAAGGCGCGGGGGGGAUCCUGGUUUUGUCCUGCCUUGUUUGGGGAAUUGUCAACACAAACUGCGGGCGCUUUUUGCUGCGCUGCUUGGCUGCAGGGACGGGAGCACAACCCAAGCGGUCUGACUCUCUUUGUGUGUUCGGGGCUGCAUUACGCGGGGACGUCAGAUCCUGAAAUUCCCUCUCAUAGGUCGAAGCGCGUGUUGGUGUGAGAGUGGCGGGGGGGAAGCCUGUGGUUUCGUGCCCGGGCCAGGCUGCACAGCGCACCAGAAGCAAGCGGCGGAUUUGGACCUGCCAUCCCCACCGCCGAAAGAGACACCCCGGGCCACAAACAGGAAAGGCUCGAUUGCUCCCCAGAUUUAGAGUGAAGCGAAUAAUCCCCUGCCGCCGCCUCGGACCUGCCUUGAGAAUCGAGCCCAGACUGGCCAUUGUGAUGGGUCUUGGAGGGGAGCUCGGGAUCCGGCCCCUGCUUCUGGACGGCAAAAAAUCCUGUUCAACACAAGGAAGUUGAAUCCCGUUUAGUGUUGGGGAGAAUCCGGUGGGGGGAAAUACCGGAGACAAGAUUUAUAAUUUCAUCCUCAGGAACUACACUUCCUCCCGGCAGCACAUUCCAUCAGCCGGCUGUGGAUUUUAUACUUGCUUCCAAAUUUAUUUAUUUUUGUAAAGUUAGCUGGGUGGCUGUUGGCUUUUUGGUUUUUGGGAAGAGUCUUACCCCUGGACUAGUGUCGGAGACGCGGCUUCUCUUUGCAAUGGGAUUGCAGAUUUCUUAGCUGUGUUGUGGUCACGCUAAAUUCGCGACUUGCCCUCCACCCUGAAGUUUCCAUAUAUGAAAUGGAACAUCGAGGGCUGUUCGGCGCCCUUGGUUACCUGAUGUUCAAUGCACCCCUGCUGUUCAUAGUCAACGCUACAUUUACCGAAGUCCCCAAAGAUGUGACUGUUAGGGAGGGAGAUGAUAUUGAGAUGCCUUGUGCUUUUCGGGCCAGCGGAUCCACCUCUUACUCCUUGGAGAUCCAGUGGUGGUACCUUAAAGAACCAGCCAGAGAACUUGCCCAUGAAUUAGCCAUCAGUGCCCCUGGCAGCAGAAGCAAGGUAACAAAUAAGGAUGCAACUAAAAUCAGCACGGUGCGGGUCCAGGGCAAUGACAUCUCGCACCGGCUGCGGCUGUCCGGCGUGCGGCGGCAGGACGAGGGCGUGUACGAGUGCCGGGUGUCGGACUACAGCGACGACGAGACCCAGGAGCACAAAGCCCAGGCGCUGCUGCGGGUCCUGUCGCGCUUCUCCCCCCCCGACAUGCAGGCGGCCGAGGCGGUCUCGCACAUCCAGAGCAGCGGCCCGCGCCGGUACAGCCCGGCCAGCAGGGCCACCGUCGAGCCCGGCCUGGAGAAGCGCCUGCUGCCGCCCCAGGGGGCCGAGGCCGCCGCCUCAUCCGCCGCCUCCGCUACCGCGGCGUCCUCCUCGGCCUCGCCCCCUCCCGGCAAGGCCGCCAUCCUCCACCAGCAGCACGGAUCAGGUAAAAGUAGACCUAAAUUGUAUUGA